UGCUAGAUAAUGACUGUUCUCUAGGCUGCAAUUUUUCAAAGAACCUUUUGUGUCGCAAAGAACGACGGGAACGACAAGUGGAAGAUCUGUAUCUUGAUUGUAAUUAGGAUUUCGAUUGACUUUAUCCGAUAUAACGGCCUCUUUUGUUUGUUUUUCGCGUCUCGCAUGUACAAUACCCGAGUUCAGUUCGAUGCCGUCGUUUCCUACGUUCUAAAAGUUUCGAACUCGCGCGUAAACCUGGUGGCCCAACGAAAUUUGUUUUUUUUUUCGCGCUAGACUGGACACCGCGUAUAUCCUCGUGUCGAAUUAGAAAUUUAAAUAUACUCCAAUCACUUAAGUGCAUUUUAGGUUUCCGAUAACGAUUUACUCGGGGAAAUUCAUUCAAAUUCGAUGCAGGAAAUGUAAUAAAACUCGAAUGGCACCAAGCGGUGAUUAUUCGAGUUCCGAGAAUGGUUGGGUUGGUGAAAUGGUCAUGGGUCCUUUUGGUUCAUCUGUUAGGAAGUGGAAAGUGUUCUGAAAGCAGUAACUUCAUAGUUUCAUCGAAAGGAAACCUGAAAGUCUACUGGAACAUUCCGACAUUCCAAUGCAAAUCUUAUGGGAUGAAUUUCACAGAAAUUGCAGAUAAGUAUGGCAUUAUCCAGAAUCCCAACGACGACUUCAGGGGCUCCAACAUAACGAUUCUUUAUGAUCCCGGGUACUUUCCCGCCAUCCUAAACGAGAGCGGUAAGAUCAUAGACAGGAACGGGGGAAUACCGCAAGAUGGCAACUUACAAACGCACCUGAAGCUAUUUCAAGAUUCCGUUAACGAACAGAUACCCGAAGAAAACUUCUCAGGUUUGGCCAUUAUCGAUUUCGAAAGUUGGAGACCCACCUUCAGACAGAAUUUUGGAGUUCUACAGGUUUAUAAAAACAGGUCUAUAGAACGAGAGGAGCGUCUGCAUCCGUUUUGGCCAAGCGCUUUCACGGAAAAGGAGGCUCAGAAAAAGUUUGAAUUCUAUGGCAAGAUGUUCAUGGAAGAAACGCUCUCUCUAGGUCAGAAAAUGCGGCCUAAAGCGAAAUGGGGUUACUACGCUUACCCGUAUUGCUUCAACAAGUCCCCCAACAACAAAGCUAAAAACUGCCCCAAAGAAGUUCAAGGGGAAAAUGACAAGCUCUUCUGGCUGUUCAGUGAAAGUGCUCUACUCUUACCCUCACUUUACCUACAGAAUGAUUUAACCAAAAAAGAUAGAGUUGAACUCAUUGAGGGGAGAGUCAACGAGGCUUCCAGAAUAGCCGAUUACAUUCAACAAAGACUGAAGAGGCCAGCCAUCGUGCCAUAUUUCUGGUAUAAAUACCAAGACACCCGUGAAUUCUUGAGAAAAGAUGAUCUGAGAAACGCCUUCUUGAUGUUGUCUAGUCUAAGGGUAGACGGAGUCAUCAUUUGGGGCAGCAGUAACGAUGUCAACACAAAAAAGAAAUGUUCUCUCCUGUAUAGUUAUCUCAAUGAUAUUUUAGGACCUAUUUUAAUAAAUACUACUUAAGAA